CUUAAAACAACAACGCGACACUUUGCAACACUAAGCAUGGCACUGCCACCCUGUGCAAUAACAUGACCAGCGCGAUCCGGCGCGCAAUUUGUGAGCAGCUGCCACAACUGAAAAACAUCUACCAUGCGCUCGAAGUGCCCUCCAAGCUGCCACAAAAUGCCGCUACACGACCAAUGCUGCAGUGGAUUUUGCCGGCUGAUGUUGCACAACAGGAGCACGACCUGUUGGAGUCGGUAAAAAGUCAACAAUUCGAUGCCACGUACAUUGAACAAGUUCGUGUGGUGCCCAGAAAUGGACGCAAUGCAGCCAAAGUUGAGUUCGGAAUUCGACCCGAUGCAUUUACAGCCCAGCUGCUGCAAGCAAAACAAAACCCCUCCAUGGAGCCAGCUUUACGCGAGGAGCACGUUGUUGUGGAGUACAGCUCACCGAACAUAGCAAAGCCCUUUCAUGUGGGCCACCUGCGCUCCACAAUCAUAGGCAAUGUGCUGGCCAAUCUUCAUCAGCAUUUGGGCUACCGCACGACACGUCUUAACUAUCUGGGCGAUUGGGGCACCCAGUUUGGGCUCUUGGCGCUUGGCGUCCAGCUGAGUAAUGUGCAUGAUGCUCAAAUGCGUGCGGCACCUAUUGAAACGCUCUACAAUGCUUAUGUAACGGCCAAUAAAGCUGCUGCAGCGGAUCCACAGUUAGCUCAACAGGCACGUGAAUUGUUCAGUGCAUUGGAAGCGGGCAAAGAUACAACCAUGUCCAAGCAAUGGGAGCAGUACCGUCAAUACACCAUAGAAGAGCUGACUGGUGUCUACGAGCGUCUUGGAGUACACUUCGACAGUUACGAAUGGGAGUCACAGUACUCGCAGCGUGACAUCGUUGAUGUUCUGACACAACUGCGCACGGCAGGACUACUGCAACGAGAAGAGGAUGGCCGUGAGAUUGUGGUUGUGGACCAGCGUCGUGUGCCGGUCAUCAAGAGCGAUGGCUCCACCUUGUACUUGGCGCGCGAUAUUGCUGCGCUCCUGGAACGCCAGCAACGUCUACGGUUCUCGCGCAUGCUCUAUGUGGUGGACAACGGGCAGGCGGAUCAUUUCAAAGCCCUGUUCCAGACUGUGUCCGCGCUAGAUGAUCGCUUCAAUGACAAGCUACAGCAUGUGAAAUUCGGUCGCAUUCACGGGAUGAGCACACGCCAAGGCAAUGCCAUAUUUCUGCGCGAUGUGCUCAACGAGGCGCGUGACGUAAUGCGCGAGAAGCGCAGCAUUAGCACAACCACUAAGGUUAAUAAUACUCUGGAUGAUGAUCACGUGUGCGAUAUUCUGGGCGUGUCAGCUGUGCUGGUGAACGUGCUGAAGCAGCGUCGGCAGCGGGACUAUGAGUUCAGCUGGCAGCAAGCGCUGCAGGUUAAUGGCGACACGGGCAUCAAGCUACAAUACACACACUGCCGGCUGCACAAUCUGCUGGAUAAUUUCAAGCAUAUCGAGCUGGCGGAAGUAAAGCCCAGCUGGCAGCAUUUAACUGAAGAGCCAGCAGAUGCGCUCGCCUUGCUCUACGAGCUGGCGCGCUUUGAGCAAUGCAUUUGGCAGGCCAAGGAGCAGCUGGAGGCGUGUGUCGUGGUCAAUUACCUGUUUGGCUUGUGCAAUGCGACUAGUCGUGCACUGAAACGUUUGCCCGUGAAGCAAGAGAAAUGCCCGGAGAAGCAACGGCAGCGACUGCUGCUCUUUCGUGCGGCCAAGCGCACGCUGCAACAGGGCAUGCAGCUUUUGGGUCUCAAGCCCCUAAACCAAAUGUAGUUUUAGUUUUAUCGAACUAAUUUAACAUAGUUUUUAUUGAACAUUUGUAAAGAAAUGCAACGCCGCUUUGUAGUUGGCCGUUCAGCGCUUCUUCCACGUGUAUUUGCGACGUGCGCCUUCCUGUCCGAACUUCUUGCGCUCUCGCCUGCGAUAGUCACGUGUCAGCAAGCCGGCUGCAUAGAGAAGAGGAACAUAAAAGCAAUUAGCGACAAUUAAAAGAUUUCGAGCCGGCAAACGGACUUACCCAGACGCAUUGUCUCAAUCAUCUCUUGAUCAACAAAGCUGCGCAAACUCAUCGCAAUGCCCCAGCGUAUGGCGCCCGCCUGACCGGAUGGACCACCGCCCUCCACAUUGGCCUCCACAUCAACUUUGCCCAGCAUUUUGCUAUAGCUCAGAGGAAAGAGCAGCUGAAAGCAUACAAAAUGUUAUCGAAUGUCAGAAAGUCAAGUUCAGAGCGCCCGAAGCGCCCAUUGUUUAUACGUAUGCACAUAUCUACAUGCAUGAACCCGAGCUGAGAUCUACGUGUGUGCUGCAUUGUAUUUUCGUGUAUGUAAUGAAAAAUUCAACUGCGCGUAUUUCCUGCACUCAAAUAACAACAAUAGCUGUAUACAAAUAAUGACAACAAAUCGUUAGCCAAAUUAAAUGGCUUUGAGCCAAACUGCAACAAACUAUUGCAUACACGCUUCUACAGUAAUUAAAUGCCUACGUUAUAGGCUGGCAUGAUGUAAAUCAAAAAUGUUGAGGAAAACAAUUAAGAGUGGUUCAGUCGAUAUUGUUUAGACACUCAUCAAGUUAGUUGGCCAGCUGAUACCCUGUAUCUAGUUCUUUAAGAUAUCUCCUACUUAUUCAAUGAGCUCAGCAAAAACUUUCGUAAUGAAAGCUUUUUUAAGGCUUUAAAAUUAACUUUUUUAUUUUUCAAAUAAGCAAUACAAUUUGCCUAUGAUAUUUUAAACAUAUUUUGCAUUAACUCUCGUUACACUUGAUGUAUUCAUUUAAUGCUUUGUAAUUUUUUUUUUUUUUAAAGGUUUCCAUUUUUGGUUUGACACAUAAAUGUUCCAUUGAAAUUAGCCAAAUUGUAAAAACAACCGACAUUAAAGUUGAUGCGGGAGAGAAUUAACAAA